UGUUUACGUUAGAAAUCCAUAUCCUGUCUCUAUCAACAUCUCUUUCUUAUUAUUUUUAUGCAAUUAUUGCUAAUUGAUUAUCUAAUACUACUCCUACAUGGAAUCUACAAUUUAACCAUGUAGUAUAUCUCGGGCUAAUCUUGCACGCUAAACAUUUCUUAUUCUGGUAGACUUUUAAAAAAACUUGACGGUGUCUCCCCUUUCUUAUCCGUGGUUUCAUCAUACACAGUAAUAGAAAGGAAAAAAAAAGAAAAAAACAAAGCUGCAAAUUUGCUUUUCAUCUGUUUACUGGAAAUUCUGUGCUCUGUGACUUAAGGCUUUUGUUAGAGCUGAAGUCGUUGAUUAAUGGCGGAUUUGGUGGGUCCUCGAUUAUACAGCUGUUGUAACUGUAGAAACCAUGUUUCUCUUCAUGAUGAUAUAAUUUCCAAGGCUUUCCAGGGAAGACAUGGACGAGCCUUUUUGUUCUCCCAUGCCAUGAAUAUUGUUGUGGGACCUAAAGAAGAUCGGCAUCUCAUGACCGGUCUUCAUACUGUUGCUGAUGUCCAUUGUGCCGAUUGCUGUGAAGUGUUGGGGUGGAAGUAUGAGCGUGCUUAUGAGGCCUCUCAGAAGUACAAGGAAGGAAAAUUCAUUCUUGAGAAGUCGAAGAUUGUUAAGGAGAACUGAUGAGUGUAAACUGAGCUCUACUCUCUUCCAUAGCUGCUUUGGCUGCCUCUCGGUGACAAAGAAUAUCUCUGAGGGUGCACCGGGCUUCCUCUGCUUGAAGAAAAAUAUCCUGUAACUUGACAGAAGCCUCAUUCUUUGCUUCUACCAUCGAGCCUUGUCAGCUUCCAGGUUUUGUAAAUCUGUUUACCUUUCGCCAAGCUCUAACUCAAGUUCUUGCAGCAAUUCUCUUGUAUCCUGAAGACAUGCUUGGAGAGGGGCCAUGUACUUUUUUGCCUUCUGCAGAUCAGCCUCAACCUCAGAAACAGCUCUUGCUGCUUCAUUUGAUUGACAAACAAACUUCUCAUGGCGAGAUAGCAACUUUACAGCUUGCAUAUUUUCCUCCAGUUCCUUCUGAACCUUGCACAAUUCCGAGCAUUUUUCAGUAUAGGAGUGUACACUGGUGUAGAAAGAUUGAUAAUCAGCAUUAAGGCCUUUAAGACACAAGAAGGCAUUAUUUGCUUGAUUUAUAAUAUGAGCUACAUUUGUGGGAUUUGAUCCUAUUACAAAGGAUAUCAAUGUCUUGACUGCAAAAAUCACUGAUAUGUAACCCUGGAGCAUUUCUGGUGCAAGUCCACUCAAGUCGGGUGCUCCAGGGGGAUCAGAAAGUGCAGAAAGUAGAUCACCUUGCAGCGCACUUUCCUGACGAGAUGAAGGGAUAUCAGUGACUUUAUGCUUAGUCCCCUGCUCCUUUUCUGGCAUAGGUGAUGCAGUUGUGCUGCCAGCAGUCCUAGGCUUCUUACUUGCUGAUGCAACAGUUAACUGCUCUUUCCCGCCGUCUGCAGUAAGAUUAACCUCAGGAAGCUCAGUCUUCACCCUCUGCUGUUCUGCCACAUGAUUAGAGUUCUCCUCUCUUUGAAAUCCGAUUUUCAUGCUGGUCUAUGAUUUUCUGGAUUCUCACUCUUGGUUAUUUUCUUGCUCCUGCACUCUUUUCCUUCGUCAUGAGCAAUAUGGCUCAUACUCUUCUCAAAUGCAAGUGUACGAUUAGUGACAAACAUAAACACUGUUUAGAAGCAAGAGAUCAUCAAUAGCAAGAAAUUUAAGAGCUGUUAUUGCGUGAAUUAUCCACAGGUAA